AUGGCAGAACCUAACCCACAAUCUGGAGACACUGGCCCACCGAAGGGUAUCCCAGCAUUAAAGGCACAUGUAAUAGCUAACAAAAUAGAUGUAGCUCUAUGGGGCAUUCGUAUUCUCACAGUCCUCUGCACUUUUGGAUAUGUCGUACCUAUAUUUAACAACCCCAUAUCAGCGUUCUACAAGGCAUUGCUGGCGAACGCCGCGACGUCAGCCCUCAGACUGCAUCAACGCAUACCUGCGCGGGAGAUAUCCUUAUCGCGGGAGUUCCUCAACCGAUUCUUCUUAGAGGACAGCGCACAUUAUUUGUUCUACUCGCUCAUAUUUAUGAACGUGGCGCCCAAUUUGUUAAUUCUAACACCAAUCUUCUUAUUCGCAUUGCUGCACGCCGCGUCCUACUCGCUCACUAUUCUUGACACUCUAGGGCAGAACUCGAUGUGGGUGGCGCGGCUGCUGAUCUCGCUGGUGGAGUUCCAGUCGCGCAACAUCCUGCGCGCGGCCGCGCUCGCCGAGAUCGUGCUUUUCCCCCUCGUGCUGCUCAUGGCGCUCAUCGGCUACUGCGGCCUGAUGACGCCGUUCGUGUACUACUACUUCAUCACGUGGCGCUACACGUCGCGCCGCAACCCCUACACGCGCAACACGUUCCGCGAGAUGCGCGUGUUCGCGGAGCACACGGCGGCGCGCCCCGCGCUGCCGGCGCCGCUGCGCGCCGCGCUCUCCGCCGCCGUCGCGCUCGUCUGCCGCAUGGCGCCGCCGCUCGAGCCCGCGCAGCAG